GAACCUCCCACGUGGUGUGGAUGAGGAGGCAGAUGGCAGGGCCUGUCCAUUUCUGUGCCUGAGUGGGCCUUGGCAGCAGUUCAGCAGUCAGGAAGAAGUGUUCACUCCUCGACAGCAACAUCCCCAGGCUCUGGUGACUGGGCUGACACUGGAUGGCCCUGGAAUGAAAGGCAAAGUGGCAAAAUGUCCAAGGGCCCAUCUGGAACCAAGGCCCCAUAAAAGCGACUGUCACUGGGUCCCAGACACCAGAGCAAGCUCAAGACCUAGCAGUGGGACAGCCAGACAGACGACACGAUGGCACUGAGCUCCCAGAUCUGGGCCACUUGCCUCCUCCUCCUUCUCCUCCUCACCAGCCUGACCAGUGGCUCCGUUUUCCCACAACAGACGGGACAACUUGCAGAGCUGCAACCUCAGGACAGAGCUGGAGCCAGGGCCAGCUGGACGCCCAUGCUCCAGAGGCGAAGGAGGCGAGACACCCACUUCCCCAUCUGCAUUUUCUGCUGCGGCUGCUGUCAUCGAUCAAAGUGUGGGAUGUGCUGCAGGACGUAGAACCUUCCUGCCCUGCCCCCAUCCCCUUCCUUCCUUAUUUAUUCCUGCUGCCCCAGAACACAGGUCUUGGAAUAAAACGGCUGAUUCUUUUGUUUUCCAAA